UUUUCCGCAUCGAGGGACGCCGUUGCUCCUUGUAGUGAGAACCAAAUUCUUUUGAAGGUUUUUGCGUCUUGUCAAUAUUUUUCCAUCAUGAAAUCUGCAGAAAGCGAGGAAGGAUCAUUGGAGAAGAUUGACUUGUACAACUUUGAACUGCCAGAAUUUGAAAAUAGCAGAUAUGUCCUAACAAGUCCAAGAUCUCUUGAAGCAUGCUCUAGACUGAAUGUAAAGCCGGUGGAGCUUCUUUAUAAGCCACUUAGUGAGUUCCAGGAAGAGUUACUCCCCCAGGAUGUGCCACUGCGCACUAUUUACAACAUAUUUGAUGAACAGGAACAGAUACGACAGCGCAAAUUACAGUUGUGCCAAGAAGAACGAAGCCGAGUUACAAAAGAAGAUAUUCGUGACAAGUCAUCUUUUUCAUCAAAGAUGGGAACAAAAAUCAUUGAAAAAAAAGAUUUGAGUAAAGGGAGCCUACAGCGACAGCGAACAGCAUGGGCAACAAGAGUUAUGCAAAAGCCUUUAUUAAAGGAUGAGAAUAGUCACAGCACGCAGAAUUAUAAUGAAAGUGACAAGCUACGCCAUGAGCUGUUGUCCAGGAAAGAGAACAAGUUGAAGCAUCCUGCAAGGAAGACAAGGUCAGCAAAAAGCACACCCAGAACUGCCCACCCUGAUGUUUGUGUGAGAAGCAAGUCUGUGUCAGACAUCUACAGUUCUCUACCAGCAAAAGACCGAAAGAUCUUGGAAUUGAUGCAAAGCAAGUGGGAGAGUGAGAGACAGAGAUUGGAGACAAGUGAGCGUACACGGCUGCUGUGGGAAGACGAAAAGAAGAGACAGGAGGUGCUAAGAGCUGUGAUGGAAAAUAAACGGCGCAGUCUUCUAGCAAAGGAAAACAAAGUCAGAGAUGACAAGAAGUUUGAGGAAAAACAGCAGCAGAAGAAGAUAGAACAGAAAGCAUUGAGUAACAAGGAAGAUGAAAUUGUGGUGAGGGCUAGGCGGUCAGACGAAGAACUCUACAGACAUCUCAAGAUGCAGGAACUUAAGCUGGCAGGGAAGAGAAACAAAGAUGAAUUGAAAAAAAGGAUUCAGGAACGAAAUCUAGAACAGCAGAAUAAAGAUAAGGAGGAUAUUUUUAAGCGUGCGGCAGAGCUUAGCAAAACCAGUCUGUCACAAGCUGAACAGCGUCGAGAGCUGGCUUUGGUGCAACAGUCUUUUAGGAAAUCAAUGACAAAUCAUGAAGAGAGACAAGCAUUUGAGAAGAGGUGCAAAGAAAUGAACAAAGAUUUGAGGAGAUCCAAACAAGGAGUUCUUUGUUUGAAUGAUCUACGACACAGUCAGGCCGAGGAAAAUCUAGUCCAGCUUUUGGAGACCAGAAAUAGACAGCUUUUAUCUUCACAUCUUGAAAAGGAGAAAAAACUUGAUCGAGCCCGACAGACCCAGCAACAGCUUGAAGAAGAAAUGGAAUCCUGGAGACGAAGUCUUUUGCAGCACAAAAAACAGGUUGAAGAGCAAGCAGCAAAGGCUGCCAGGAUCAAUCAGAAUAACCGUUCACAGCGAGCCAGAAUGGAUCGAUUGACUCAUGAAGAAGAACAUAAAAAAAAUUUGCAAAAGCUUCUCAGAGAUCACGAGAGGUGGAGGCGUAAUCUAGAAGAGUUGCUUGAUGAGAAAGAUAAAAGAAUGGAUGAGAUUCAGCUUCAGAAGGAGAAAAGUAUUAUGGAGACUAGAGCAAUGGCCCAGAUUACACAUGCACUUCGUGAUAAACUGCGAAAAAAAUAUGAAUCGGACACAUUUGAUCGCAAGGUCCUUGAUGCACAGUUGUUUGCAAAGCUAGAAUCCAGACCUCCCUUCUCUUCCUUGUCAGCAUCAGCAAGCAGUAGAUAACUGUACUUCACAUUUGUCUAGGUUCUGGUGUAAAGAUUUUUGUUCUGUCAGUGAACAUAUGUGCUUGAAGUUAUUGCUGGACUGUGCUGGCGCUAGGAAACUGAAGGCUCUGAUUAUUGAAGGGUUUAGGUUUUGAAAGAGAUUUUGAUUUCCUUGUUUGCAUAAUUUAGGUAGAAAAUUUGGGGAUGAGAUAUUCACUAACAGUACUGGCAAAUUUAGAGUAGUGUCAAAUAUUCUUUGCGUCCGGUUGUGGAAGCUGUCGUCAUUGCCUGUGAAUUUGUGAUAUUUCAGUGGACCUGAGAUGCAUGUGUGUGUGCACGUUCAUACAGAAGUAGUGUCUGCUUGUGCACUUUGGAAAUUUUAUAGUUGAACACAUGCACAUCAUGUUUAUGUUCUUUUUUCAUAAUUCAACAAGUUUGAAAACAGAGAAGAUUGACUGUAUGGUGCUCAGAGAAAAUAUUUAAAUGUGUCACUGCAGCAAAUGUGAUAUCACUGGAAAUCCAACAUCUUUAAAUUUAUUGUAAAUUUUGCAAAGGUCAUGGGCAACUUUUUCAUCUUCUGUCAUCUGUAUCAUUAAAAUUCCCCAUGCUUUUUACAAGUUUAUCCUGCUGGGCAAUAUUUAAACUAUAUGCACAUUAACUUCACUGUCUGUACAACGUGUCAUGUGAUUUUUGCAGUUUAUUGCCAUUAUUUCUUUAUUCAUUUGUUGGUAUCGAUUUCUUCAUUCUGAAUGAAUUUUAUUUUUCAAUUUUUAAUUUUAAAUAGAUUUUAACUUUCAUUGAAAAGAUUUAACAUUCAUAUUGCACAAGUGGUAUUUAGCUUCAUCUGCACUUUAAUUAUUAUGUGUUCUUUAAAUAUUUUUUCAUUGCAAUAUUGUAAUAAAAAAUAUUCUAUA